CCUUCCUCUUCCUCCUCCGCGCCGGCGCGACACCUUCCCGCACUCUCUCUGUUUCGCCCGCGCCUCAGCGGCCGCCGCGAUGGCCUCGUCGUCCACGAGGGAGGUGCUCAUGCUGGAGGCCCCGCCGCCGUCCGACCCCGCGCUGGCGCCGUGGCGCGCGCCGCCGGACGCGGAGGCCGUCGACGCGCUGCCCUACAUCGACGGCGACUACGGCGACCCGGCGGUGAAGCGGGAGGUCGACCGCCUCGUCGAGGAGGAGAUGCGGCGCGGGCAGCGCAAGCCCGCCGACUUCCUCCGGGACCUGCCCCCAGUCCCCACCGUCGGAUUUGAGAAUCAUCCUAUGCUUGCUAAAGAGUAUGAGCGAGUUAGGGCUGGCAAGCCUCCUUUCAUGUUAGAUAUGUCUCGCUAUGGUUUGGAGCCGCCUCCAAUGAACAAAAGGAAUGAUGUUGCUGCCUGGAGGCAGGCUCUACGGAAUGCGCAGAGCCAGUUGCAGCAUCAAAUUACAAGGAUAGAGAAUCUUGAGCUUAUGCUGAAAUAUGGUGUUGAGGUUUGGAAGCUGCAGAACCGACAAAUGGAAUCAGUUGUGUCUAGGAUGCAAAAGACAGCUGUAGAAUACAACGAAAAGAUAGAGACUGUCAAUCGUGAGAGGAAGUUCCACCAGCUACACACUGGAGGUCAGCUCCAUGCGCUGACAAUGGAAUGGCAGGAGCUGUGUCAAAAAAACAUAGCUAUUCAGGCUGCUUGUGUUGACCUGCAGAACCAGAUUGAUCAGCUUAAACUUGAAGCAAAAGAAUUGGGAAUGCCCAUGGAAGACAACACUGGAACCAAUUCACAACCAUCAUGAGCUCAUGAUUUGAGAUACAGAUGUGGCAAGGAAGAAGCUGGGCCACUUCAAUGAGAUUGGGAGCUAUUAUCAAAAAGAAAAAGAAAAAAGAGAUUGGGAGCUGGAGGUUCCAUUAGCCAUUGUGCUUACGUGACAUACAGUUAUCGAUUCCACCAUGCUGUUUGACACUGAAAACAUAUUUGUGGACAGUGCCUUGCGAUCCAUCACUUGGAGGCGAUCUGUGCUGCUGAAAAUGCCUCAAAGAGGAAGAGUCUUAAGUCUGUGCAUCUGUUGUCCAUUGGAGUGCCCUAACCUGUGGUAUGAGUAACACAGCACUCAUUUUGUAUAUCUAUUUCGAUUGCAAAAGUUUGUCGACUUUUUGUUGCUUAAACUUGUAGCGCAGCAUUUGAGUUUUUGUUUUACCUGAAGCCUUCUGCUGUUAAGUUUUGCUUGUUUCUGAACAUACCAAAUGCGAGAUGGUUGGAGGCC